UCCUGUGCGCCAGAGUGCAUAUUUCCGGUCAUGGAAGCGGACGGUUCGUACGAGCAGGGAUUCGUGGGGAUCCGGUUUUGUCAGGAAUGCAACAACAUGUUGUAUCCUAAAGAGGACAAGGAAAACCGGAUCCUACUUUAUGCGUGCCGUAACUGUGAUUACCAGCAGGAAGCGGACAACAGCUGCAUAUACGUCAAUAAGAUCACGCAUGAAGUAGAUGAGCUAACUCAGAUCAUCGCUGAUGUAUCCCAGGAUCCCACAUUACCGCGUACUGAAGACCAUCCGUGCUCCAAGUGCGGACACAAAGAAGCCGUGUUCUUCCAGUCACACAGCGCCCGAGCUGAGGAUGCCAUGCGACUGUAUUAUGUGUGUACUGCGCCACACUGCGGGCACCGCUGGACUGAAUGACACCACACACAUCCUUUCACUUGCUGUAGAUUUUAUUUUCGUGUUGACAUAAUAAAGGUUUUAUUUAUACAUUUGAUAA